GAGUGGGUUUUCAAUAGAUCACGAGAAGCAGUUGGUGACGGUUAAAGGAACAAUGGACGUGAAAAAGCUCGUCAGGAGUUUGACUGAGAAGCUAAAACGUAGCGUGGAGAUUGUGGCGACGGCCAAGAAUGGUAACGCAAAAGAGAAACAGUACGUGGCGGCUCAGCCUGCUCACGGGUCUGCGUAUUUUCCGGGUGAGGAUGGAGAUACGAUUGAAUACUUAGCACCUCAGAUUUUCAGCGAUGAUAAUCCGAAUGCUUGCGUCGUUAUGUGAAGCGGCGGAAGAACAUUGACGGGCAUUACAUCAUCCAUUCACAGCUCCUAGGCCUGAAGAUAUGGAUGACUUACCUUCUGCACGAGCUCUUGCCUAUGACAUGGUCUAUAAUGGCGUCGAGAUUGGUGGAGGAAGUUUAAGGAUAUAUAAGCGGGAUGUCCAAGAAAAGGUUCUAGAGAUCAUUGGCAUCUCAGCUGAAGAGGCUGAAGCAAAGUUUGGCUAUCUUCUGGAGGCUCUUGACAUGGGUGCUCCUCCUCAUGGUGGAAUUGCUUAUGGAUUAGAUAGGAUGGUAAUGAUGCUGGCAGGUGCGAGUUCCAUAAGGGAUGUAAUAGCUUUCCCAAAGACAACCACUGCGCAAUGUGCACUAACCAGAACUCCCUCGGAAGUCGAUCCAAAGCAGCUCCAAGAUCUCUCCAUCCGCACCAACUAAUAGCGAUCUCAUCACAAGCAUCAUUUAUGUCUUUAAUGCUCUGAGAAGAGGAGUAAGUAGAGAUGUGGUAGUGACUAAGGUAUUGGUUUAGAGCAAAGGGAAAGCUUUCUGAUGACCAAGCCUUGCAUCGAUGUGUUGUGGCAUUUGCUUCGGAUUUGAUAUUUGCAAGUAUCAGUUUGAACCCUCACCGUAUAGCUGGUGAAUUCUUCUUAUAACAAAUUGCUGACAGAAUUCGGAACACACAUAAAAAGAAAAAGAGGACGUCCACUCGGAUCACGCAACAAACCAAAAGGUGUGUCAUGACUCCUAAGAUAUAGUAUUUCCUUAUUCAAAAUCAUACCAUUUUAAAUUAUGAAUGUAUUUCGUAGUCCACCAGAUAUGCAAUCCACCAGCGUUCAAACCAAAGUUUUAUGAUUGUAAGUUUAAGUGAAUUAUAAUAAUAUAUUUUUUUUUUUGUAACUGAUAAAAUAAUAUAUUCUUCACAGUAUCUUUUCAUAACUAAUUGAGUUAUCAAACUUGAUCGCAUAGGUGGCUUUGAUAAGUGUGACCUUUAUGGUGUACAAUUCUUUUCAACCUAAAAACAUUAUUGUUCCUCAAUAUCUUUCAUUCUGCUUGACUGCAACAAAAUAUUUUCUCAUCUGUUUUUCUUCCUUUAAACUAAUUUAUUAUCAUCUAUUUCCUGACAUUUUAAUCCAUCCACCUAUGUCAAAAACUUAUAGAAAAUGUCAACUUCCAAAAAAAACAUAAUUGAACUUAGCAAAUAAAUUCUUAAUAAUAUUAAAAAAUGUUACUUAAUAAUUUCUUCAGCCUCCAUUUUCCGCGCGUAGCGCGGACAAAGACUCUAGUCUAUAUUAACAAGGUUAAACACACUCUUUUCAUGCUCUCCUCACUUUAUCAAAGAGGCUACUUACAAUAAAAAUAAAUUAAUAGAAAAAGAAGGAACUUUCAUAAAAAAAAAUUCAUUAUGAUAUUUAUUUCACAUUUCAUCAAACUCAAGACAACUAAAAUAUAUAACAGUUAAUCUGACAUAAAUUUCCACACUUUAAUCACUAAAAUCAAGUUUUGAGAAAUAAAUAAAAAUAACAAAAUCUCAAUAAAUGAUUAAUAUAUAUUCCAAAAUUAAAAUUAAAAAAAUAGUUUGAAAGACAAAAUAAAAAGAUAUAACAAAUAUAUAGGAACUUUAUCGAAAUAGAUAAUUUAUCCAAAAUACAUAAUAUAACACCGAAUACAUAAAUUUUUAAAAAAGAUUGGAGAAAUUAAUAACAACAAAAAUUAAAUUAAUAAUCCAUUUACUAUAUUGUUUUCUUGCAUUUCGUGAAACCAGUGUAGACAAAAAUUAAAACCAAAAAUAUUGUAACUCAUCUAUUUUUCUUCUUUUUUUGCUUUAAAAUAAGGCCAAGAAAAACUAAUAAAAUUAUUGAAAACUAUCACCAAAAAUAAUACAUAAUUAGAACCAAAAAUUUCAAAAUAGUCAGAAACAAGCAAUAAAAAUAUAAAAGAUAUAUUUGCGUGAAUAGUGAGAAACUCUAUAAAAUAGAAAAUAUGAAUGAUGUAAAGCACAAAUCUGAAGUUAUUUUCCAUCUUUAAUUAUCUAAAACAUACUCCAUUUAUGUAUUCAAAACAUAUAAUAUAUAACUUAAGUUGUUUUUCGUUAAUCAAGUAAACAGGAUGCUAAUGAAUGACAAUAAUUUAAAACAUAUGAUAUGAGAGCAAUUGUUUGACCGAAAAUUAAAAACAAAUCACAUCCAUAUAAAACAUUUGUGAAAUGAUAAACUUAAAUAAUUAAAUAAACUCUCGCAAAACGUGGACACACCUCAAGAGAAAAACAAUUCGAUAAGAAUAUUCAGCAUGCUUGAUCAUCCUAAAUAAAUUCAGAGUAAAAUUCACUUAGUGUUUGUAUACUUCAUUUGAAACGUUUUAAUUCAAUAUAGUCUCAAUAAAAAUUCAAAAUUCGGUAACUAUUAUGUACUAUGCAGGUGAUACUUAAUAGUUUAUUUAUGUUAUAUAAAUUAAAUAUAUAUUCACUAGUCAAACCAUAACAAGCUCAUCAUCAGCAUGGAUGGCAAAAUGUUGGCUGAUUAUUUCCAUGAAAUGUUAGGAAUUGAAAUCAUGUUUGGUAUAAGUUCCUUUUGGAUUUUGAAUAUUUCGGGUUCUAUCAUAUAUGCAGUUAGGUUUGGGUUCGGUUCAGAUAAAACUCAUAACCCAAAAUACCAUAAAAGAACAUCCAUUCGGUAUUUAUGUCAGGUUCGGAUCAAUUCAGAUUUUUGGGUUCAGUUUUAUUUUCACAACCCUACAUUUUUAUUUUUCGAACAUCAACUUUACUUUAUGUUUAAAGUUUAACUAUAUUAAUUUUAUUACGACUAUCAGGAAUUUAUUCUAUUUUUAUUGAAUCGAUCAGUAAAAACUACUUAUGCUAUUCAUCUUUGACCUAACCAACUUCAAAACAAAGUGAUACACUACGAUCGCUAACCACUAUCAAAUGAAUCGGAAAAGUUAUCAUUCUUUUUCCACAUAUUUACAUCUUUAUAUAUUUUUUAAAAAAUAUUUACUAAAACAAUAAAUUUAAUUUAAAAUUCAUUAAAAAUAAAACAUCUGAACCUUGCGCGUAGCGCCGGAAUACCACUAGUACUUAAGAAAACUUUAAUGUUAUUAAUUAUUUGGUUCAUAUACUAAUAGUUAUUUUUUCUAAAAAUAUGAACUCUUCUUAGUUAUUUAUUUAUCAGAUUAUAUGAUUUGUAAUAUAAACAAAAAAAAUAAUCUCUACAACUCUCGCCGGCGCUUACAAAAAUUUCCCCUAUUAUAAGUGAACAACAUAAAUAUGUUCAUAAUUUGUAUCAAAUAUAUGUGGCCAACUAAUGUCUCGCCGGCGAGAUUUAAAAGAAAUUUGGUAGUAGUGAUGUUACUAUAUCUGGACAGUUUUGUGAUUUUGCCCCUUUUGACUGAAGGGGAAAAUCUAAAGCAUCCAUUAAUCGCUUCUUCCCUUUCUAUCUGUAAUCUAUAUUAACAAGGUUAAAACACUCUUUUCAUGCUCUCCUCACUUUAUCAAAGAGGCUACUUACAAUAAAACAAAAAAUUUAUCUACUCUGAUUCUGCUGUCUCAUUUUCUGUCUUGAAAUCAAGCAAACACUUUGAUCAGAGCAAGAAAUCAAGUAAAAUCACUUUGAUCAAGCAAGAAAUCAAGCAAAAUCUGCUCCAUAGAAUUACGGUUGAGUCGUUGGAUAGAGGAAAUUUUUGGAUUAAACCACUUUGAUCAGAGCUAUGAAUACAUGGAGAAUAACGGAUCAUCUAAGGUAUAUAAAGUAUUAUAAAACAUUGUAAAUUCAUCAUAUAGUGUGUAACAAGCAAACACUGGUCAUCGCGGGAAGGGACAUCAAACAUUGUAAAUUCCUCAUACAAACUUAUCUACGGCCCAGUUCUUGAGAGAUAAUUUACUGAUAUGAUUCAUCUAAGACGCUCCUCCUUUUGAAGAGAAUUAAAGUCUAAAAAGUUUCAUCUUGUGGCAUAAACCUUAAAAUGUCUUUGGCGUUGGUGAAUCUAAGCAAGAACACAUGCAUUUGCUACUGGUUAAUAUCCAUAAUGUGAUAUGGUCAAGCACCAUUUACUGCUUUGCUAGUGGAGAAUCUCAAGACUCAGAAGAAGACGACCAAUAUUCACGUACAAAAAUUAUAAAGAACUCCAUUUAAUAUCAUAAGAAUUAAAAUAAAAAUAAUGGAGUAAAAUAAUUCUAAUUGAAUUUCCAUUAAUGAAUUCUUCAAUCCAAUAACAACCCCUUAGUGGUCAGAAGCUUCUAAUUGAAGCAUUUCACUCCUUGGCGGAAUAGUGACAGAGUAGAAUCAGAAUGUAACUCUCUGUGAUGAAUACUCCCACAGACAAACAAGCUCAAAUCAUCUCAUCACCUUCGACCAUUGCAUGAGACUCCUACGUCUUAGUCGUGUGAACUAGAUCCAUGUACAUUGACUAACUUGUAAACAUAAGCAAAAGAUCCACUCCAACUCUGUUCAUCCGAUUUAUCUUUGACAAACCAAAACAUCACUGACUACACUUUGUAGGACAAACAACUCCUCCCAGAUCAAAAGGUAAGUGUUUGUAACAUCACCAACACAUCUCUGUAUCACUCUCCUUAUCAAAACAUCUUCACGACAUGUCUUCACACUAUUCCACUUAGUUAGCUUAGUCAAGACACCACCAGGUUCAGGGCCGGCUUAGAAUUGUAUUAGGCCCUUGGGCAAAAAUAAUUUUUACACAUGAUAGUUAAUUAAACUAAGAUUAUAGGGCCCUACUCUAAAAAAAAAAAAAAAAGACGGGCCCCUUCUGUUAUUGAAUUGAUUGGCUUUUGGGGUGGGCCCUAGGCGAGUGCACUCCUUGCCCUCCCUGUUGAGCCGGCACUGACCAGGUUCCCACACUCUAAUACUAAGAGACAGACCCGAGAGUCCCUUUACCCAUGACCAAAUUUCCAUUAUCCAGUGUGAUCCCUGAUAUCAUUGAUUCCAUGAGCUUUUGUUCAAUUUUUUUUAUAAACAGUAACACUUUAUUUCACCUUAAUAAAACGCCAAAUCAAAAACACUUAAGUGUGAAGAAGAGAAUUCUAGAACAAGAUUGAGCAAUUUUACCAGAAAAUUCAUAGGAAAAUAAAAUAUCAGAAAAGAGCAAGAAUAAUAAGCUAACAAACUUUUACAAUUUUUCUUAGGUUAAUCUCAAAGCGAAAGCGUAUUUCUGCUUUAUACUUCUUUGUUACUCUCUCAUUAGCUGAUGUGUCUCAUUGGUAGCAUUCUCUUGUAUUAGAGCAUGUGUAUACGAAUUCGUAUAUGUAGCUCAUACUACAUGCAACUUGUUUCCUUGACAUUGCUGGAAUAAUUUUGGAUUCGUUUGACUAAUAGUGUGCAUGUUUCUCGUUUAUUUAGGACUCUACCUUCAAGUACCACAAGACUUUUCUGGAUCUGUCUCUGUUUAUCUGUGUUGGUAAAUGCAAGCCUAGAAGAUGAGGGACCAGAUUACUUGGCUAUGGCAGCCUUGAGGGCGUCUUUGCAUCGUCCAGACGAUAUUGAUUGGACUAGCUCAGAUUACUGUACUUGGACUGAACUGGAUUGUGACAAUAACAGCCGCGUCACAGGCAUACGGCUCUCCAACAAAGGAUUCGCAGGAAGCCUACCUCCGGAGUUAGUUAACCUGACAGCUCUGCGAGUUUUCGAGAUAACGAGCAAUCAGAUUUCUGGAAUCAUUCCUACAGGGUUUACUGAGCUGCAGUCUCUGCAAGUGGUUGCUCUCUCCAGUAAUUUGCUUCAGGGACCAACGCCAAAGUUUAACUCGAUGGUUCGAGUUGAUAUGAGUCUAGGCACGAACACUUUUUGUUUAGAUUCUCCUGGCUCUCCAUGUGACCCCAUCGUUCAGACUCUCCUUUCUAUUGCUGGGGGAUUUAACUAUCCCCUAGAAUUUGCAAAGAGUUGGAAAGGGAACAACCCGUGUCAGGAUUGGUUUGGGAUAACCUGUAUAGAGGGUCGAAUCGUUUUUUUCGCCGUGCCAUUCAGACAACUAACAGGUAGUAUCUCUCCAAGGUUUAGAGACCUCGACUCUCUUCAGUUGAUUGACCUGUCGUAUAACCGUCUGGCUGGUACUAUUCCCGUUGAUAUAACUAAGUUGAAGGAACUCAGAGUCCUGGACGUUUCUCACAAUCAGCUUCACGGAAAGGUGCCAGAAUUCAAGAUAAAAAACGGGAAGCCAGUGAUAAAUACUAAAGGCAAUUUGGAGAUUGGGACUGACAUCAGUCCGGGGGUUCCUUCACGUAAGGGAAACAUGAAUAUCAAAAUCCUCGUGGGAAGUUUGACUGCGAGUUUGGUUGUCGUGUUGCUGGUUGUCGCGGGGUUCAUUGUUUAUCUGGUUUAUAAAAUGAAGAAGGAUCUCGUGCAGUCUUCUGAGCACAUCGAGAUCGAGAUGCCUGAGCACAACGAGAUCGAGAUGCCUGAUCACAACGAGACCGAGAUGCCUGAGCACAGCGAGAUCAACAUGGCUGAGCACAAUGAGAUCAUCGAGAACAAAGCAAUACCAAUGCAGAUUCUCAGAGUUGAAACAAACAACUUUGGAGUUGAGAAUUUACUCAGAGAAGGCGGGUUCGGAUCCGUAUACAGAGGUACACUGCACGAUGGAAGGGAGAUUGCUGUUAAGAAGAUGAACCAAGAAGAUUUUGCCGGUAAAGGCCUCAAAGAAUUCGAAUCCGAGGUCACUGUUCUAACCAAGGUUCAUCACCGCAACCUAGUGUCUCUUUAUGGGUAUUCCAUUGAAGGAAACGAUAGGCUAGUAGUCUAUCAGUACAUGCCCCAAGGCACAUUGAGCAAACAUCUGUUUCACUGGAGUGACCACAGUUUGAGACCACUCGACUGGACUACACGCCUCAGUAUUGCAUUGGAUGUUGCUCGAGCAGUAGAGUAUCUCCAUACGCUGGCUCUCCAGAGCCAAAGCUACAUCCAUAGGGACUUGAAACCGCCAAACAUUCUUCUCGGGGAUGAUUUACGAGCCAAAGUAUCUGACUUUGGAUUAGUGACUGCUACAGAAGAAGGCAGAGAAUCAGUCAAGACCAAGUGUCGUGGGACACCCGGUUACAUGGCACCUGAAUAUUGUAUAGUUAUCUUAUUCCUCUGUCAAUUAUCUAUAUUUGAUUGUGUAAUUUAUUUUGGAAACUAACAACUAAAAUAUCUGUAAUUGCAGUGGACGGAAGGGUUACGAGAAAGAUCGAUGUUUACAGCUUCGGAGUCAUCCUCAUGGAGCUCAUAACCGGCAAGAAAGCUACAGACCUUAGCCGAGCUGAAGACGAUAUCCAUAUCACAGCAUGGUUCAGGAAGAUGCUUCGCGAAGAAGAAACUUUCUCGGAAGCUAUUGACAGAAACAUUAUCGCCAACCAGGAGACUCAGCGGACCAUAUACAAAGUUGCAAAACUAGCAAGACAAUGCUGCACAAGGA